AUUGCGUUUGCGGCCUCUUGAGGAGCUGGCCACAAGCAAAAACGUCAUUUUGAGCAGCAGAGUAAACUGUGGUGACGACAGUGGAAAAAUAUGCUCUUAGUUUUGUUCCGGCAGUACAUUGUGCAUUGUGUUUCUGGACCUCGCCUGCGGAAUUAGUUCCACACUUUCCCUCGUCAAUCGAUUUGACGUAAUAGUGAAGCAUAGCAUUAAGAAAAUUGUCAUCGCUACGCAUUGUUUCACAGCAACCUCCCGAAUGCUGUGAUCUCAGCCUUCAGGCCACGUUCCAAGAAACCGUUUGAGUGGACGCCGCGGCGAAGAACACGCGGCCAUCGUUCAUCGUGGAGUCGUGGGGCGUGGAAGAAUUAAUUCACUCAACAAUUCGAUACAGUUUGGUGGAGGAUUCGUUUUCCUUCUUAGCCUAUUCCACCGUCUGCAAGAAACCGCUCCCAAUCGCAUUAAGCAUGAAAGUGUCCUCUGCCGAGGCAACGGUGAGCGAACGCUGGAAUCGUUAACCUGCUUCAGAAUCUAAAAUCCGUUCGACACGGCUGGACACAACAGCUGGGCACACCGGGCUUAGACGGUGAAAACGGAGAAAGGUGAAUGAAUCCCGGGAAGCCUAUCCACCGCCUCCAUCUGGGUGUCUCUUACCAAUCAGAGCUCGGACAUCGUCGCGUCUCGCGGGCGCAGAAGCCUGCCGAAAGUUUUCUCCCUCGCGUGAGCCACGAGCAUCGACACGGUGUGGGGCGACGGAUUGCUGUUUGUGGUUGACUUUCCCGAGAUUACGUUGGUCGGUAGUAGCGCCAGAAAGCGAGCCAACCUGUUUCGUGUGGUUUCUAUCGCCAGAUCACCAGACGACGCUGGAACGUGCGUCGGAGAGCGAGCAAAGCGGAAUAUUCGAUAGUUCGCAUCCUGCUCUCGGCUCGUAUCGUGAAGUUGAGCAUCGCGCAAACAAAGUAAAACGUGUAAACGUCGUUGCCAGAUUGCCGGGAGCAACCAGCAGUGCUAUUUUGUUAUGCCUUUCGUGUGACCCCUUGGCGUUCGUUUAGUGUACGAAAGCGUGACAAACCGUGAAGGAAACGCAAACGCUUUGGAACUACAACAGGUGGUCAGAAUGGAAACAAAUUUGGUGCGCGUUCUCGAGGGCCAGUAUUUGGAUGAGCUGACCAGCGAGUUGUGCGAUUUUACGCUGGAAGAGCAGAACGCGGCCACUGAGGCGCAGGGCGUGAAACCAUUGGCAUCGUCCGACUAUGUGCCGAUCGUGGGCAAAACGGUCACUUACGUGGUGGCGUGCGUGAUCGUCAACGAUGCCGACGAGGUGCUGAUGAUGCAGGAAGCAAAGGAAUCGUGCGCCGGAAAAUGGUACCUUCCGGCGGGUCGCAUGGAACCGGGUGAAACAAUCGUGGAGGCGGGAGUGCGUGAAGUACUGGAAGAAACGGGGCUGAAGGUGGAGAUCAGUACACUGCUUGCCGUCGAGACUGCCGGUGGUUCUUGGUUCCGGUUUGUGCUCACGGGCAACGUGGUUGGUGGUACGCUGAAGACACCGGCCCAAGCGGACCAGGAAUCGAUACAGGCCAAAUGGUGUGCCCAGCUGAACGAGCUGUCGUUGCGAGCCAACGAUAUUCUGCCGAUCGUGGAGCUGGCUCGAAGCUACCGUGUACGGUUGCCGAAGGACCUCAACUGGCAUCGGGACAUACUUCCGGCGCGCAAAGCACACUACAAGAACUAUCUGCGAGUGGUGGUGGCCAUCAAGAACAAAUCCACCAACCAGGUGUACGUGCUGCUGAGCGAAAAAACGGCAUACCACUUCCCGACUGUGGAGAUACACCCGGGACGAAGCAUUCACUCUACGCUGAAAAAGUUUAUGAUCGAGCUGUUCGGAGCGGACCUGCCGCAGCACCGGCCACACGGUGUGCUGAGCGUGGAGCAUCAUACGAGCGGCACGCAAGCCAGUCCAACCGACGGCAUGUGUCUGACGGUGCUGGUCAUUUGCCGGCCAUCGAUCGAGUCGGUUUCGCUGAUCGGAAAAUGCAUCUGGCACGAGCUGAACAAGGAUUUGAGCGCUCGGUUAGCGAUGGCGGUGGCCGGCAAGAAUGCCACCUUCCAGUUGCACGUUGUACGAUAGGUGGACGAGCAAGGUUUGAGGAGUUUUGUUACUAUUGUGAACGUGUUUUUUACCUAUAAUAAUAAAAUCCUUACGGUGGCAGGAAACCAGCUCGUCGCACUAAAGGAAGGGGCCCAAGAUAACAAAGUAUUUUGAACGACUGAACAGCGUGUGUGCUCGCGAUGGAAAGUAUUUGUUACGUUAUGAUGUUUAUGUACCAUAAAGCAACCAAACAUAAGUUACGAACAGCAAACUAGAUAGCUUGUAUACAUUUUAAAUACUCUCAAUCUCAGCUUUUAAG